AUGUUUUUGCAGUAUUUCAUGUUACAUGGACUUGUGGAUUCUAAAGGUGUUCGCAAUUUAUUCAAAACCUGCUGUGAACGUUACUCUCAGCCAUUGAGCAGUGAUGAAGCUGGACGCAUGCAACAGUUAGCCAAUUUUGUCAUCACAAUCAAUCGAAAUAUUCGUCCAUUUCACUUGACUAUUCGCAAAGGAUUUGACGAAGAUGAUUCUACCUGCUUUUAUUGUUUAGUCAAUACAUGUGACAGUCCCAUCACAAGACUCUCUUCAGAUUAUACAGUUAAUGAACUGGAACUCUUCAAGCUUUUUCUAGGUUCAAUCAUGAUGACUGAUGAUGCUGCUAUUGGUUCUGUAGAGGCCUUAAAUCUCACAGCCAGUCUGGAAAAAAGUAUGAGCCGUGAUGAUGCUCAGCGUUUUUAUGAGCGGAUGGUGAAAAACAAGUGGUUGAAAAAAUCCUCCCGAGGAGAACUUUCCCUGUCAACACGUAGCAUUCUUGAGCUUGAUCCACUGAUUCAUUCCAUGUACCCAGAGGUUGCAAGGCAGUGCAAUAUUUGCAGCAGACUCUGCUUACGAGGCCAAACAUGUAACAACUGUCAGAUUAAAUUGCAUCUCUAUUGUGCUAACAGAUACUUUAAAAACCGAGAAAGUCACACAUGCCCAAAUUGCUCUCAAGAGUGGCAUCAUUCUGUUCCCAGCAGAGAGUCAUCACGGAGGGGAGAGUCAAAUUUUAACACAACAUUGGAUGACACAUCUGUUUAG